AUGUUGGCUGUCAGUGCUUGGGUUGAUGUUGGCUGUCGAUUUGGCCAGGGCAGUCGGUGUAGGUGGUCUGGGUUGUUUGGUUUGAUGGAAGAUACUGGUCAGUUAUGCUGGUUUAUUGGUUUGUGGUUUAUGUUCGCUGGGAGUUUGGUAUGCUGGUUGGUGAUUGUGGCUAUGGGUUUGUGGAUUCUGGUCAGUGAUUGUGGUUGUCGGUGCUUUCUGGUGGAGAGGUGGCUGUUAAUCACCAGUGAGGAUGAUGGAGAAGAUCUGCAAUCAAGAUCUGAAGGUCUCACCGUUCGAUGUAGGUCAAAGUUCGUGACCGUGCGAUGA